UCCACCUGCACCACUUCUCCACCCCCCCAUCAGAAACGGUAACUUUAGGCCCCGCCCCGUCCGGUCACAUGACCUCCUUUAACCCUCUGCGCUACCUUCUACCGGAAGUGGCGCGGACACGCGUGUGUGUGUGAGGAUCAUGGCUGGAGAAGACAUGGCUACAGAGGAAUAUCCCAUGGAAAUCCAUGAGUAUCUGGUGGCUUUUAAUAACUCUGUGACCAAUGUUGAUGAAAUGUUGAACAAAAUGAUGUCUGUCCCCAGAUCUGAGCUACUCCAAAAAAUAGAUCCACUGGAACAAGCAAAAUUAGAUUUGGUGUCUGCAUACACCUUAAAUUCUCUCUUCUGGGUAUACCUGACGACGCAAGGGGUUAAUCCCAAAGAGCAUGCGGUGAAAGGAGAGCUGGAAAGAAUACGAAGUUAUAUGAACAGAGUGAAAGAAAUAACAGACCGUAAGAAAGCUGCCAGACUGGACAAGGGAGCAGCGCAGCGAUUUAUAAAGCACGCUCUGAGUGACCCCACUCCUGAGGAAGCCACCCCGGCCAAAAAAAAGUCCAAGUCAAAGCAGAAAUAAAAGUUCUUACUCUGUUUUUAGAUAUUUUUCUUUCACUUUCGUUUUUAUUAUUCUUUGUGCUGAAUCCUUUGUGCUGAAUAUGUGUUUAUAUUGAAUGAUUAAAGUUUUUCAGAAGAAGGAGGCAUCCGAUAUUUUACUUAAAGCGUACCUCAUAUCUCAGAAUACUUCUUUGUUACUCACUAGGUCAUGCAGAUGCUUUACAUGUGUUUAUUUUAUUUUAUUUUUUAUGCAUCUAGCUUCUGUAUUUGGCUCACAAAUCCCUCUGUUCUGCUGCUCACUCAUUCUGACUUCCAUUACUCUGGAAGGGGCAUGUCCAAGG